AUCUGGAUGAACCGCGUGCAUGCGGAUCACCUACUGAGCACUUUGUUCCGUUCACGGGUGAGGAUGGUUGCGGAUGAAGUGGAUGAUCAGCUUGGGCAAGCUACUAGGGAGAUCUCGAUCGAGGCAGAUGGACGCCGGCACAACAGUCGUCUGUGGCAGCACCCAACCACAACUGGUAGCCAAUACGCGCUUUACUGGCGAGACGAACGGCGUUUCAUGUGUUGCGCAGGGACCCCCCGGCGGGCGCUGGCUGGGCUAAGGCUGCAUAGCACCCUCGCCCUGGCCCGGGCACCAAAAGACUUGAAUCGCGAGAAAAGGAGGACGGAGCGCAUACACAACGGCGACGAUAGAACGCGUUUCUUGAGGCCACAGGAGGAUAUAGUGCACGAAUUCGCGGCGGAUGUGAGCGGGCAGCGUCGAUCAUUGCAAGGCCGACGGGUGCCACUGCCCGGCGCAGGGAAGCGGUGGCGGCGACUUCUUCGGAGGCAGACGGAGAAACACCCCCCCUUGAAUCGCACCAAGACCAAUCCCAUCUCCUUCCUCAGCUUCUCCCCCUCCAAGCGCGACACCAUCUCCACCAUCGCCUCCGCCGCCUCACAGGCGACUUGCACCACCAACAGCACAUCCUAUAAGACGCCCGCCGAUCAGAACAUCUCCCCGGACUCGGACACUGACGUCGCUUCGCUCGCGCGGCUUCCCUCAUUUUUCGAAGACACCGGCUACGCAGAGCGACGCCCGCGCGCGCCAUCAUACACCCGCCCUGCGACCCCGUCGCCAUCGCUCUUUGCGUUCUACGCAACUGCGCCGGAGCCCGCCGCGCAGCAGCCCGCGAAGAUCCACACGCGCCUCCCACCACUACGUAAGGCAAAAAGCGCUUCGACGAGCUUGUUCCGCGUGGGCCUCGGACGGCGCGAGAGAAAGGUGAGCUGUGCGGCGGCGUUGAUGGUGGAGAAGAGCCAAUCGAGGGUGGCGAUGGACUGGAGCGAGGGAGAUGCAUUCAUGUGCCCGAGAAACCCGCCACCCGUCCCGCCGAGUCCGACGAGCCAAAAGAUGCCACAGUGGGCGCUCGGCGACGAGGAUGAGCCGCUCGAAGUGCCUGCGUAUGUAUUUGAGAGAAGAGGCAGCGAAGCGAGUACAUCUACUAACAGCACAGUGGCCUCCACCAAAUCCGGGUCGAGCCUCACAGAGCGGCUUGCGGCGAUGCUCCCGCUGCCGCUGCCUACGAAGGCGAAGCGCGCUCGCUCGAAACUCAGCCUCGCAAUGACGACGGACUCGAGCCCCGAGUCGUCGACGGGGGCGUGGUCGCCCGUGACUCCUCCGGGUUUUGCAUUUGGCUUCCCCGGGCAGGUCAAAAGCGAGUGUGGAUAUGGCUAUGAAGAGGAGGACGCGAGGCGCGUAGGGCGGGUGUUGACGCCUGAGGAGGAUCCCUUUGCGAAGGCGGACAUUGCGAUUGAGGGUAGGAAUGAAGACAGCAGGGAGGGGAUGACGCCGACGCCAACGCCAAUGAUGCGGAGGGACAACGAGAGGCAGUAUAAGAUCGUGCCGAAGAAGAUGCCUGCUGUGGAUGGCGGUUCGGCCGCGAAGGCAUACGAGAUGAUGGCGGAGGAUGGGCCGGACGAGGUGUCGGUCGCGUGGACGUUCCCGUCGUCAUGCGACAUCGUGCCUGCGAGGACGGUGGCUGCGAAUGAGGAGGAAGAUGAGGAGGAAGACCGGAGACAGGCGCCGACGCCGACGCUGAUGUCGAUGAUGGCAGAGCGGGACAGGAGGCUCGUGUCAAGGUUCUCGACACCGUCGAGCUCCGCGGAGGACGGAGAAGAAGCUGGCCAGAUUGAGGUUGAGGCGGUCGUGGAGGACACGGUCGUGGUCGAAGCGUCUGCGCCAUCGCAGACUAGGCUCCCGAAUCCCGCCCGCAAGUCGCUCCCGAGCCCGAGCCCGUUCCGCUACGAGGGGAAGAGGAAGGCCUCGGUGAGGACCGUCGCAUCGGAGCCUGCGCGCGUACAACGCCCCGGGUCGCCGUUCCCGCUGAUGCGUGACCUGAGCGACGGGUCGUGCAGGAGUAUGAGAAAGGCUGGAGGGAAAGUGUUUGGGCUCGCAGAUGACUCUGGGGUGGAUUUGGGGAUGAGUGUCAGUGUCAAUGUGGAGAGAGAGGCGAGGGAGCAGGAGAAGGGAUUAAACGAUCCGUUUGUCCUCCCUGUUGCCCAGGCGGUGCCGAUGACAAGGACGGAGUGUGUGAAGAGUGGGGAUAUGUCUGUCCGGGAGAGUGUCUCGCCAGACGCAGCAGAAGAAAGGUUGACGCCGCGCCCGCCUUCGGCGAGCUCGUGUAUCCACCUGCCGUCGAUGGACUCGAACGCGACAGUCACGCCGUCGCGGCUGCGCGACUCUGUCUGCUCGUCCACUGAUCCUCACCCUCGACCACAAUCAGCGUCCACCUUCACUCCCAAGAUCGAACCCGCUGAUGCGGACGCCGAGUGGGACAGACGCACGGUAGCGUCGAGUGCGACGGGGCGAUCGCGGUCAAGCACGUUUUACAGUGCGCGGUCGAGCGUGGGCUCAGUGAGGGAGGUGCCCUUGAAAGACAAUGCGUAA